AUGCAGCCGCCCGACUAUUCGGUGCCUCAGGCAGCACAGCGGCUGCUUGAAGAUGGGAUACUGGACAAUAACUUGAUGUCUCAUCUUCCUCCCGAGCUAAAGGCACUUGCGCGUAAUAUUCAGUUCACGGGUGCCUCGAAGCCAAGCAUUCCCAUAAAUUGGAGGCUUGCUGAGAGCAUCUCCGCCUUGAAGGCUUUGGAGGCGACAAUGCUCAAUUUGCUCUUGACGCGCAAAUAUGAAAUCGCACCCGUUAAAGCGACCAUAAACACGGAUCAUGCGAGCCUAUUUUUCAUGUCACCAGUGCUUACGAAGUUGAUCGGACCCGAUGGCAAGCCCGUGGCUUUUAGUCCGUUACAGGGAGGUGCGAUGGAACUUUUCCCUAACGAGGACAAGUAUGGCAGCCUCUCCAGCUUGCAUCGGGGGCUGGCGACUAAUAUCUACAAGACAAAGGAUGGCCGCUAUUAUCAUAUUCAUGGAGGCAUGAAUCCCGAUCCAACGUUGAUGGCUCUCGGUCUGUCUGCAGACGAUAGCCCUAAUGAUACGACCGAGUCUGUGAUUCGAAAAUUCGAACAUGCUGUCUAUAGGCAUGAAUCUGCCAAUAUAGAUGAACUACUUAACGAGAACUUCAAACAGGCUGGUUCAACUGCUUGGACCGCAGAAGAGUACUUUGCCAGCAAGCAUGGUCAGGCAAAUCAACAUAUUGGGUUAUACGAAAUCGAGAGAGAUCCAAAUUCAUCUCAACCUGCUACCUGGUGGCAAGACAAUCCCAGCCUUCCUUCAUCCCCCAAGCGCCCACUCGCUGGGUUGAAGGUUGUUGACCUUACCCGCGUCAUUGCAGCACCUUCCAUUACCCGCAGCUUGGCGGAGAUGGGUGCAAGUGUAAUGCGCAUUACCUCCCCUUAUAUCACAGAUAUUUCUAUUCUUCACCAAGAUUUGAACUGGGGCAAAUGGAAUGCCUCGCUGCAUCUGAAAGAUGAAGGAGACCGAGAGACGUUACGCCAGCUGAUCUUGGAGGCUGAUGUCGUGGUUGAUGGAUACCGCCCUGGUGUCAUGGACCGUCUAGGUUUCGGUCGCCAAGAUAUCUUUGAAUUGGUCAAAGGUCGUGGGUAUGGAAUCAUUCAUCUCCGCGAGAACUGCUACGGGUGGCAUGGGCCCUGGAGCCACCGGAGUGGUUGGCAGCAGAUUAGCGAUGCAAACUGCGGUGUCUCUUUAUCUUAUGGGCGGGCUAUGGGCCUUGAUGAAGCAGUGACUCCGAUUUUCCCCAACUCUGAUUAUUGUACUGGAGUCGUGGGAAGCACUGCGGUCCUGGAUGCCCUCAUACGAAGGGCGGGCAAAGGAGGAAACUAUGCUGUUGAUGUCGCCUUAAACUACUAUUCUCAAUGGUUAGUCCGGUCGUGCGGUACCUAUCCAGAUGAGAUCUGGAAAGAGCUCUGGGAACGCCACGGCUCCCCUAUUUUUCGCCACUACAGUCCGUUAGCACACCUGCUACCAUCGAUGCUGGAGCUUCUGUACCGAUACGAUGCAGCGACGCUUCUAAAGCCAGAGUUCUUCGAGCCUCGUAGGUCAGGCGCGGUCGGUGCAACGUUCAUUCAAGUUAAACCCAUCGCACAGUUUGAAGGCGGCGCGGUCGAGUUAAAAUACAAUGUAGGGAGCCGUGGCAAUGGCAUUGAUAAACCAGUUUGGCCAGACGAUCUGACCACAGAGAUUGUUCGGUAA